GCCUGCCAUCUCUUCCCCCUUGGCCCCUCCCUGGACGCCCGCCACCGCCCUCUCUCUCUUCCUCCUUCCACCACUACCUCCCUCGACGACAUCGCUUAACUCACUCAACUUCGCUUCGCUCUCUUUAGUAAGAACCUUCUGCUUAUUUGCAGGGCGACUUGACGUGUUGCCAUCUCACGAGCGUCUCAUACAUAACGCAAACUUGACAAAAGGAAGACUACUUGCUCUCACAGCUUGUUGCCUCUCUUGCUUCGCUCUUUCUUGUCCACCACCGCGACCGUCAACAUGUCGCUCAAGCAGAUUCUCAAUGACGAACCUGCUUCACCCAUUCAUGCCCCUAUGCCGUCAGUACCGUCAACGUCUAUAGCGUCCUUAGAUCCUCUCCCUGCCGCCAGUUUGCCACAGUCGCCAACGUCGGCCCAUCCUUAUCCUGAGCCCGUCCAUUGGCAACAUGGUAAUGCUUCAUCAUCCACCAAGCAGCAUGGACGACCGCGUUAUUCAGCAAAGGCAAACGCGACUCCUGGUCCACCUGUUGCGUCCUACUUCGCUGACGAACCACGACAUGGCGAUGUUAUCGACUUCAGGGGUCGACCUACUCGCGUCGUUCGCUUACCUCAACCUUCCAAUGGCCAUCAUACUGAAGAUGAUGACUUUCGGGAACAGCCCGGUUCGCAGAGACGGAGUGUGCCAGCUUCAGGGAAGAGGAAGCGUAAAUAUUCCCCAGACGCAGAUGAGGAUUAUCGUCCACCAAGUGUGAAGCCUAGGCGUUCUACCCGCCGUCCUGUCCCUCGCGGACAAUACACAACGCUCGUUCAUCCUGAGAUGAUUGACCCACCAGAACCCCAGGUUGAAGAGUAUCGUGAACCCACCGAAGAAGAGCGCCGAUUAGCGUCGUCUGACCUGGAAGAUUGCCCCGACAUUUGGCAUGGGGAGCUGGGCACUUACGCCCUAGAGACUCAUCAGAGGCAACGACAAGUUGACCAAUUCUUCCAACAUUGGAUCAUUAGCCGCGACGCGUUGACUGCAGCAUCUUUGUCUCAUGCAUAUGUGGGACGCAUCUCACGUAUUCCUCCGCCUCCACCUCCUCCUAUUUUGCAUCCUCCUGUGGAAGAAGAACCCUUACCGCUCUUACGACCAGCGUCCCCUUCGAUCAUAUCAAUAGACGAGGCGCCCCCACACUUCGGCACUAUAGACUUCUCGCAGCCAGAUGAGUACGGUCAGAUGAAUGGCUCAAGUUCUUCGGUCGAAGCUGCGCUGCAUCUGGAGGGGACCGGUCCCUCAAAAGGCCGUGGCAAGGGCAAGGAGCCGGCAAAAAGACCUGCUACUGGAGCUAUCUCGGACGAGAGCAGCGAGCCCGAUAUUCCUAUUGCUAGGACUACUCAACCGAGGAAAAGACGAAAAGUCGCUAAAGAAGCUCCGUCUGACCUUACUAUUGAGAUGGAACACCCCGACUUCCUGUCUCAAACACCCCGCGAUGUCACACCUGCACCGAUACCCGCUGUGAAGAGCCUCGCGGGAUCUGGGCGAGGCAGAGGAAGGGGCAAGGGCAAGGGCGUACAACGCGAACAGAGUGCCGAUAGUGUGUCGGCAACCGGUACGCCUAAGCAGCGCAAAAAGCCAGGUCCCAAGAAGAAAAUCGAUACCCUUCCGCCGCACACACAGGAGGCUCUGGGUAUUCCUUCUGCUGCUCCUUCAGUCGCUGGCGAUCUUACACCGGCGGGUUCAAGAGCUGUAUCACCAACACCGACAAAUCUUUCCGCUACAUUCUAUGAACUAGACGAGGCUAUUCCGAGGUUGAAACCUGCUCGAAGAUUAGAUGCUGCUAUUAUGUUGAAACGUGUGAAGGGUCUUGAGGAGGCGCAGCGGAAGGUGUGGACCAACAUCGCUCGGAGAGAUGUGGUCAAGGUCUAUCGAUAUCAUUCUCAAGGAUACGCGUCUCGACAAGCGCAACUUAAGCGUAUCGCCACGAUGUGUUCCUUGCAGGCUCGUAAGCCGUACGUCAGGACGGCGAAGGCUACGAAGGACAUUCAAGCGAAAGGCAAGCGUCUCAUGCGUGAGAUGCUUGUCUUCUGGAAGAAGAACGAGAAGGAGGAGCGGGAUGUCCGUCGGAGGGAGCAAAAAGAAGCGAUUGAUCGCGCGAGGGUUGAGGAGGAGAAGCGUGAGGCGGCUCGUCAAGCGAGGAAGUUGGAGUUCUUGAUCAGUCAGACUGAGCUAUACAGCCAUUUCGUUGGCAAUAAGCUCAAAACUGCUGAGGUCGAAGGGGAAACUGGCGACGCUGCCGUUCCUGCUGGAGCGCAUCUCGAAGAUGUCGAACCAUCCGCCUUGCAGGACAUCGAUUUCGACGACGAGGAUGUCACCAACAUGCAACGUCAUGCCAGACGCAAUGCCCAGGAGGCUAUUGCUAUAGCUAGACGUAAGGCCAUCGACUUCGACGCUCAAGCUGCUCUCGACCGUAAAACGAACGAAGCAUUGAAGUUGGCAAAGGGUCAGGCACACAUUAGAGACGAAUCUAUCGAAGGUGUUGAUGCUUCGACGACCCCUCUCGUUGAUCUCGAUUCGGAUGAGCUCAACUUCCAGAACCCUACUUCCCUUACAGCUACUCUCUACGAGCAAGGUAUCAACGGUAUCUUGGCUGACGAAAUGGGUCUUGGAAAGACGGUGCAAUCCAUUUCCUUACUCGCAUACCUUGCUGAGACCCAUGACAUAUGGGGACCGUUCUUGGUCGUUUCGCCCGCUUCAACCUUGCACAAUUGGCAACAGGAGAUCACUCGCUUCGUUCCAAAGCUGAAGGCUCUUCCAUAUUGGGGAAACGUCAAGGAUCGUGCUACGUUACGGAAGUUCUGGUCCAAGAAAGAGAUAAGCUACAACGAGGAUGCACCAUUCCACAUCCUCAUCACGAGUUAUCAAUUGGUAACACAAGAUCAGCAAUACUUCCAACGAGUCAAGUGGCAAUAUAUGAUUCUAGAUGAAGCUCAGAACAUCAAGAACUCAUCUAGUGCACGAUGGAAGACGCUGCUUGGUUUCCAAUGCCGCAACCGGCUCCUUCUGACAGGUACUCCAAUCCAGAAUUCAAUGCAAGAGCUUUGGGCUUUGCUGCAUUUCAUCAUGCCUAGUCUGUUCGACUCUCAUGACGAAUUCAACGAGUGGUUCUCCAAGGACAUUGAGAACGCCGCCGAGAACAAGGGCAGUAAACUGAACGAACACCAACUCCGACGGUUACAUAUGAUCUUGAAGCCGUUCAUGUUGCGUCGCGUCAAGCGCCAUGUCCAGAACGAACUGAGCGACAAGAUCGAAAUUGACAUCUACGUCGACUUGAGUGCUCGGCAACGUGCGUUAUACAAGGCGCUCCUGGCAAAUGUCUCUGUCGCGGACCUUUUGGAGAAGGCGGCCAACAUUCGGGAUGCAGACUCCGCUCGUUCGCUCAUGAACUUAGUGAUGCAGUUCCGCAAGGUUUGUAAUCAUCCGGAGCUCUUCGAACGUGCCGAUGUCGUUGCCCCCUUCUCGUUUUCCGAGUUUGGCCAAUCAGGACCAUUGAAUCGUGAAGGCGAUUUCGUCCUACUACCCUAUUCAACCCGAAACCCCAUUGAAUACUCGAUCCCAAAGCUUUUGUAUCAGGAUGGCGCUUUGCUAGAUGUUCCUCGAGAGGAUUCGCCUCUCCGUCCGGACGAUGAGGUCCUUACCAAGUUGAUGAAUAUCUGGUCGACUGACUGGAUCUAUCGAUCGUCGUACGAAGACGAACACUCGGGAUUCUCAUUCCUUCGUUUCCUUGACAUGCCUCCUAGUGAAGCCCAUGCAUUGCAUAGAAUGCCACUUUUGCAGAGAACCGUCCUUGCUGCUUGGCAGGAAAGGGAGCGGUCGAAGACCGAUCCAUACGAACUUGACCGCGAUCUCAUUCCAGAGCUAGCGUGUAAAUCCCACAGACUGUCCCUCUCCUCACUGCACAAUCUCGCAGUGGCCGAAGAUCAACCAGAAUUGCUAUCAAUUUCGAGCUCUGCAUGGCAACAAUCUUGUCUCUCUCGACGAAGUUUCAACUGGUUCGUUCCUCCAGUGGUCGCGCCUCCUAUCUCAAUAUACUCUUCGGAUCGAACGUUCGUGGAACGCCAGACUCAGAUUCUUGAGUCCCCUCCGGAGGGACUUGCGUUGUAUGGACUUUCUCCUGAACUCCGUGAAUCUGAGAAUGCCGCGAAAGCCUUCGAGGAGCGUGUUCCUGGUGCGCCGGUCUCGGGUCUAUUGCAAUCGUCACCGGACGAUCAGUUACCGCUAUCCCCAAUGCAAGUUCCGGAGGCCAAGCGACUCAUCUACGAUUCGGGGAAGCUUGCGCGUUUGGAUACAUUGCUGCAAGAACUCAAAGCGGGCGAUCAUCGUGUCUUAAUCUACUUCCAAAUGACUCGCAUGAUGGAUCUCAUGGAGGAGUACCUAAUCUAUCGACAGUAUAAAUAUCUUCGGUUGGAUGGAUCCUCGAAGCUGGAAGAUCGGCGGGACAUGGUGAUGGAGUGGCAAACAAGACCCGAUAUCUUCGUUUUUUUGCUCAGUACCCGUGCUGGUGGUCUUGGAAUUAACUUGACAGCAGCCGAUACUGUGAUUUUCUACGACCACGACUGGAACCCAUCUAAUGAUGCUCAAGCUAUGGAUCGUGCUCAUCGUCUUGGACAGACUCGACAAGUCACAGUGUAUCGAUUGAUCACGAAAGGGACUAUCGAUGAGCGUAUCGUCCAGCUCGCCAGAGUAAAGAAAGAUGUCCAAGAUAUUGUCGUUGGCAACAAGAACUUCACUGAUGUCACGAAGCCAAGCGAGAUCGUUCAGCUGUUAUUGAACGAGGAUCAACUCGCAAACCUGGAAACCUCCACUACUACUUCGGCCAAGAAGAAUGGGAAGAAACCCGCAGGCCAAGCUGAGUCAAGCGAUGCUGCGGUACGGGAUCUUUGGACCGAAGAGGGUGAUGAGUUCUUCGGACAACCCGCCCAAGCCGGAUCAGGUGCUAGGAUCGAGGAGGUUGAGGAUGGCGAGGGCACACCUGUUCCUGUUGCCCCCAGUGGUCGUGGAAGAAAACGUAAAGGAGAUGGCACGCCUUCCACCAGAGGUCGUAAACCUGGCACGAGGGGAGGGCGAAAGAAAGCUCAAGCGCCGCCCGUCGAAUCAACUGCCUAAGGGCACCCUAGCUGCUACACUCGUUAUUCUUGCUUCUGUUUGCUUUGUCGUUUAUAUUUAUAGUUCACAGACUUCUUUCGUUUCCUUUUCAUCGCACAUUUAUUGUAGAUUGACUCGCAGCUGUCUGUACUUUUACACUAGAUCUUGUGUUGUACCUAAUCCACCUCUCUAUGAAAGCGUGGGAAUAUUCGCAGAAGC